AGAAGGGAGAGAAGAAGUGUAGAGAUGUGCAGCAUCGCAACAUCUUUAGCUCGCACACUGUGUACGGAACCGAGGAUCGGAUUGGAGGUGCACGCACGCAAGCAGUGAUCUACGAUCGAGGCACUCUGUGUGAGAAGGGAGCAAAAUGAAGACCUUAGGAUUGACCUUGCUGGCGCUGGGAAUUGUGCUGAUUGCAGCAUCGCCCGAGCAGUUGAACGAUGACGAUCUCGACGAUACGGAGUACGAUCAGGACAACGAAGGUGAUUCACUCGUUCCGCCUUCUUUCGCGAUCCGGACGGAGCAGGGUGAAACGGUGCUGAUGGUCCAGAUCCCAGACAAAGCCGGUGACUUUGUGCCGAUGAGACGGAUGGAUGUGCAAGAGUACAAACGAAAUGCAACCAACUUCGAGGCGGCCAAGUAUGUGCAGUGCUACCUGUACGCAGCGAACGGUACCAGGCAGAAGAUCAAUUUCGACGAUCCGGCCGAGAUUGGCCGGGCCGGUUUUAAGCGGGACCUGCCGACGGCCCUGCUGGUACACGGUUGGCUCGGUAGCUCCGAGUCGAUGGUAAUCGAUCCGUUGGCGCGUGCACUGCUGGAACAGGAAGGCAAAAACGUGAUUGCGGUGGAUUGGGAAAAGGGCGCCAGUACGCUGCUGUACCCGGUUGCCCGCUACCGGGUCCCGAAGGUGGCGAAGGUCGUUGCCAAGUUGAUCGACAAUUUGGUAAGGGAGCUUGGACAAGACAUCAACCGGAUCGGCAUCAUUGGCCACAGUUUGGGUGCACACAUUGCCGGCAUCAGCGGCAAGUUGGUGCUUUCUGGCAAGAUCGGCUACAUCGUGGGGCUCGAUCCAGCUUCACCCCUGUUCCGCGUGAAGAAACCGGCCGAACGGCUCUCAUCCGAUGAUGCACAGUACGUCGAAAUCAUCCACACCAACGGGAAAGCGCUUGGAUUCUAUCGUAACAUUGGCCAAGCCGAUUACUAUCCAAACGGUGGAGUGAAACAGCCGGGCUGCGGUAUCAACCUGUCCUGUAGCCACCAGCGAGCUGUUGACUUUUUCAAGGAAUCACUAAGCAUACGCGACUACUAUGCACGCCGCUGCGAAGGUCUGGAUAACCUUGGAACCUCCUGCCCCUCGGCCCGUUCUACGCUGGGUGGGCUCGUAUGGAAGGCCACGAAGCCAGCCGGCGUCUAUUACAUCGCGACCGCCGCCAAUGAACCGUUCCUGCGCCACGCUGCCUCUGGUGCCAUUCAACUGAUGCCCGCAUCCGGCAUCGUAGGGCUCACGGGCUGGCCGCUGCUCGUCACGCUAAUCAGCUACAGUUAUUGGAAGUGACCUUUCGGAUGCUCUCGUUGAAUCAAAGUUUGAGUUUGUGAAUUGGGUGAGAGUGUACAGCAGAUUACGGAAAGCACGGCUUCCCCUAUAUAAGUGCAAUCCUCCGGGCGACGCGAACACACGAGCAUUUUGUACAUUCCUCUGUGAAGGUUUCAGUGGAAGUAUGAUUGACUACAUUAAAAAAUACUAGAUUUUUUUUUAAAUACAUUCAACCAUAAAAAAUGCAAUUAAAGUUCAAAGAGAAACGCACGGCCCGAGGGUCUCUAUUGAUCUCGAAUCCCCCUCUCCCGUACUCGAUCAAUGUCGAAGCUGCAAUCUCAAAUCUGUAACUGACUGUUUUUUUUUUUAAUAAAACAAUUUAAGCGUAAAUCAAAGUAUCCAUCUGCGCCUUUGUUUUUCAUGUGCGCAAAUGUUCCUGUCAUCUGACUUGUGCGUGCCGCAGUAAUUAGGUGGCGCAUGGCGACAACACUCGCUAACCGCUCACAACGCAGGCAUCAG